UUCUCGACAGGAUGUUGCAGUUCCUGUAUUCACUACGAAACUCAAAAAUCGCCGUCUUUGUCGUUAUUUACUUGUCGUUUUUAAUGGACAAUGUGCUAUUAACCGUUGUCGUUCCCAUUAUACCCGAUUAUCUGUUCUCGAGUGACAUAAACGUAUCAAACGUCGAAGACGAUCGGCAUUUAGGAAUAAAAUCUCUUAGCCCUUUGCAGCGGAAAUUCGAGAACUUGGAAAAAGACAACGGUCCGUUGGGCGCCUUGCUGGCAUCUAAAGCUUUUGUACAGCUCGCUUUUACUCCGUUUAUUGGUCACAUCACGGCAACGACUGGGUUUAAUUUACCCUUGCUCUUAGGAUCCUGCAAUAUGUUAUUCGCCGCAUUGCUGUUUGCGUACGGACAUUCGUACGGAGUGUUGGUGCUUGCCAGGGCACUCCACGGUAGCGCAUCGGCUGCGAUCUCGGUGAGCGGCAUGUGUUUAUUAGCUCAAACAGUGCCAAAGGAAACUCGAGCAAAAAUCAUGCCAUUGGCAUUCGGAGGAAUCGCAUUGGGAGUUUUGGUAGGUUAUCCACUCGGAGGCGCUACCUAUCAGUUUUUGGGGAAAUCAGCGCCUUUUCUUCUGAUCGCAUUCUUGAUCACGUUUAAUAUCGUUUUGCAGGUGUGGUGCUUGCAGGAUAAGUACGGUUUUGAAGAACAAGUGUCUGUGAGCCGAAAUGAUUGGCUUAGCCUAAUUAAAGAUAAGCAGACUGUUAUCGCAACUGGCGCAAUUUGUUUAUGCACUUCCUCGAUGGCGAUUUUAGAACCCUGCCUGCCACUCUGGUUGCUAGCUAAGCUGAAUCCGGCACCUUCGCGCUGGCAGUUGGGUGCUGUUUUUAUACCCGACAGCGUGGGGUAUUUUCUCGGAUCUCAUUUAGCGGGGUUGCUGCCUCUUGAAUCGUGGCGAAUGUCGCUUAGCGCAAUGGUAAUAACGGGCCUAAGUUGCUGUGCCAUCCCCUUGGCUACGUCAAUACGCGAACUAGCAAUCCCACACUUAGGACUAGGAUUGGGAGUAGGUGCAAUUGACGCAGCAAUAGUUCCAAUGCUGGCCAAUUUAGUGGACAAUCGAGAAAACUCGCAUUACGGGCUUGUUUACGCACUACAACAGACAUCGGUAAACCUGGCGUAUUCUCUGGGACCACUUCUGGGAGGAUUAGCGGUACAUUCGAUCGGUUUCGCUUGGUUAAUGCGUAUAGUCGGACUGUUCAAUAUCUUAUAUUGUCCACUACUGUUGGAAUUAGAAAAUCGAAAGGGAAAAUCCGAGGCAUUAGUUCACGACAAUAGUUUUCCACCCUCAUAUUCGAGCCUGGAUACUAAUUCUGUAUCAACCACCUCGAAUACAAAUCUCAAGUGUAACUACUGA